AUGGCACAAGUGACGCCCUCCAAUGUGGCGCCUCGCGGGCCCGAUCCAAGCUCGCGCGUCUACUGGAAGCUCGGGCUCUUCAGCAGCGCCAUGUUCGCCGCUCCGCUGAGCGCCUACUUCCUCUCCGUCGAUCGCUUGUUCUCCGGCAACCCGACCUACGCAGGCGGCCUGGCAGCGCUCGUCGCAAACGUAGUGCUGGUGGGCUACGUGAUCGCGGCGUUUCUGGAGGAUCAGGGACCGCUAGACGAGGGAGACAGGAGGGCGGCGAGGGGAGAGAGUCGCAAGGAUCAGUGA